AGGAAGCUGGAGGCGUUUUUUGGGUUCCUCAUCACCAUCAUGGCCCUGACCUUCGGAUAUGAGUACAUCACAGUGAAGCCCAACCAGGAGAAGCUGCUGCAGGGACUGUUCAUCCCCUACUGCAAGGACUGUGGCACACCACAGCUGGAGCAGGCUGUGGGCAUCGUGGGUGCCGUCAUCAUGCCCCACAACAUGUACCUGCACUCUGCCCUGGUCAAGGUGAGGCAGGUGAACCGUGCAGACAAGCGGGAGGUGCGAGAGGCCAAUAAAUAUUUCUUCAUCGAGUCGUGCAUCGCGCUCUUCGUCUCCUUCAUCAUCAACAUCUUCGUGGUGACCGUGUUCGCCGAGGCCUUCUUCAACAAAACCAACGCGGACGUGCACCAGGUCUGUGCCAACUCCAGCAGCCCCCACUCCUCGCUCUUCCCCAACAACAACGACACCCUGGAGGUGGACAUCUACAAGGGGGGCGUCGUCCUCGGCUGCUACUUCGGCCCCGCCGCCCUCUACAUCUGGGCCAUCGGGAUCCUGGCGGCCGGGCAGAGCUCCACCAUGACCGGCACCUACUCGGGCCAGUUCGUCAUGGAGGGUUUCCUGAACCUGCGCUGGUCGCGCUUUGCGCGGGUGCUGCUGACGCGCUCCAUCGCCGUCACCCCCACGCUGUUCGUGGCGAUUUUCCAGGACGUGGAGCACCUGACGGGGAUGAACGAUUUCCUGAACGUGCUCAUGAGCCUCCAGCUCCCGUUCGCGCUGAUCCCGGUGCUCACCUUCACCAGCCUGCCCAGCGUCAUGCACGACUUCGCUAACGGCCUGUUCUGGAAGGUGGCCGGGGGUCUCCUGAUCCUGCUCAUCUGCUGCAUCAACAUGUACUUCGUGGUGGCCUACGUGAUGUCCCUGCACAACCUGGGGCUCUACAUCGGGGCUGCCGUGCUCAGCGUCAUCUACCUGUCCUUCGUGGCGUACCUGACGUGGCUGUGCCUCGUUGCCCUGGGCGCCUCCUUCCUGGCCUGCGGGAGCACGGUAAGCGUCACCCGGACCCUGCACCUGGAGCCGCCGCCCUCCCACCCCCCCAAAUAACCGGGGGGGGGCUGGAGAGACCCCAAGAGCCGCCAGCAGAGCCCCGGGGGCCUCGACAGCUCUGGGAGAACAGCCCGGAACCCUCGGGGCAGGAGUUCCUUUGCUGAACCCCAAAUCAUCCCUGGAUGGGAGACACGGCUGGGGGGGGACAGCAGCAGCCUGACCCCUCCCCAUUUUCCUUUCAAUCCCUGCAAAUUCCUCAUCCCAAAGCGUUUGACCCCCCCCAUGGUACAAACACUGACCUCCAGGAGCGCUGCUCUGGCGCUGACCUGGACAAACAAAUAGGCAAAUAAGCUAAAAAUUCCCCAAAUCCCCUCCUGGGUGAUGUUUGGGGAUGCUGCUGUGGCUGGACACGGUGUGACACUACAGCUGGAGCUACCUCUGCUGCCAGAGCAGAUUUGGUACUUUUAUCACUGGAAAACAUUUCCUGUUCCCAUGAGAACGGGAAACUCGAGCAUUAAUAUUGUCACUACUGGUUUUUAAUGGCCCUGUGUGGGAUUUUGGGGUCAGCAAAUGAAACGAGUUCGUGGUUAUUUAUGAUUUUAUGACUUUGUUCCCUGUGAUCCAUGGAAAUGCUCUUGGAGUUCUCAAAAAUCCCUGGAUUGUAACUCAAAAUCAGGCUGUGAAGGCUCCAAGAGCUUUUUCCAGGGGUUUCCUUGCUGCUCUUGCUUGUUCUGGAUUUAACCCUCUCCUAUCAUGUCCCUUUUGUUUAAUGAAUUUUGGAAGAAGCUUGGCCAGGAAUGUGACCUGAGUGCAACAGAGUGGAUUGGGAUGGAGGGAACUGGGUGUCCUUUGGAUCUCCCAGGGGUGUUUUGGGGCCCCUCCUUGCCUGUUGGGGUGGGUUUGAAUCUCUGGAUCAUGGAAAUUGGGUGUUGAAAGCUCGGGUUUGGGUUAUUUAGGGAAAUUCCCUUCUCUGUCCAGCUGGAGCUGCAGCAGAGGCACAGCUCCAUGGCUUUAGAUCCCCAAAUCCUUCAUGGAUCUGCAAAUGGAUCAUGGGGGGCCCCAAACCUCUCCUGGGGCCCGAGCCAGGGUGUUCCAGCCCAAUCCUGGUUUAUUUGGGAUUCCUGCUCAGGGCCAGGGCUCCAUCCCCCACUGUCCAUUGGCAUUUCCCUGCCCUCCCAGCCCCAGGCAGGGAAUUCUCUCUGAAAUAAAAUCCCUGCAGUAUCCAGCUCUUGGGAAUGGUUUGGGAUCUGCUGACAGGGAUUUGGGAUCUGCUGACAGGGAUUUGGGAUCUGCUCACGGGGAUUUGGGAUCUGCUCACAGGGAUUUGGGAUCUGCUCACGGGGAUUUGGGAUCUGCUGACGGGGAUUUGGGAUCUGCUCACGGGGAUUUGGGAUCUGGUCACGGGGAUUUGGGAUCUGCUGAUGGGAAUUUGGGAUCUUCUCACAGGGAUUUGGGAUCUGCUCACGGGGAUUUGGGAUCUGCUCACAGGGAUUUGGGAUCUGCUCACAGGGAUUUGGGAUCUGCUGACGGGGAUUUGGGAUCUGCUCACAGGGAUUUGGGAUCUGCUGACGGGGAUUUGGGAUCUGCUGACAGGGAUUUGAGAUCUGCUGACGGGGAUUUGGGAUCUGGUCACGGGGAUUUGGGAUCUGCUCACAGGGAUUUGGGAUCUGCUGACAGGGAUUUGAGAUCUGCUGACGGGGAUUUGGGAUCUGCUCACAGGGAUUUGGGAUCUGCUCACAGGGAUUUGGGAUCUGCUGACGGGGAUUUGAGAUCUGCUGACGGGGAUUUGGGAUCUGGUCACGGGGAUUUGGGAUCUGCUCACGGGGAUUUGGGAUCUGCUCACGGGGAUUUGGGAUCUGCUGACGGGGAUUUGGGAUCUGCUCACGGGGAUUUGGGAUCUGCUCACAGGGAUUUGGGAUCUGCUCACGGGGAUUUCUUCCCUUCCAUGAGCAAACCCCGUGUCCUGUCCCAGGACUGGAGCAGCUCAGGGCAGCCCCUCCUGCUCUGAGCUUCUGUGGAGUUUUAUCCCUCAGCACCCGAGGUCUGGGGUUAUUCCCUGGUGCCCAGGACACGUUCCAGGGAUGAAGCUGAAAACAGAGCCCAGCAGGAAAACUCCCCUGUGGUUUGAGGCAGGAUCAGAUCCCUCUUCCCACCCUUUCCCAAACCAGCUGAGACUUGCAGCUCCCCCUGACCACAAUGGAUUUCCAGCUUUCCUGUUGUUAUCCCAGAAUUCCAGCAGGAUUUAACCCUGUAGUGUAACAUUUGUAGGUUUUACACCCAUUCCCACAACACAACAGCCACGAGCUGUGGGAUUUGUGGGGUGUGGGGGGGAUGAAGGGCUGGACCAGAGGUGGACUCAGGCUUUGGAAUCCUGCUGAACCACCCCCAGCUUUCCUGGGCUGGGAAUUUUGGCUUGGGAGGGCUCAGCUCUCCUGGCUGAAACACUGACUGUGCGUGGAGCCUCCAGCUCUGGGUCCCCAUCUGUGGCCUCUGCUCCGUGCUGCACUAACCUGGGGGUUUUUCCCUUUGGUCCUGGUUGUACAAACCCCCUUUGCCAUUAAAACAUGGAAACUUUUCCA